AUGCCUAGGGCCCACAAAAAUAAGGGCCAGAAGAGCAAGGGCCGCUCCCGUGCCAAACAUCAUCAAGCACAUGGGGACAGCCAAGGUGCUCAACUUUCUGUAGUGGGACAAUCAGCAUCUCCUCCUAGUGUCCAAGGUUCUGAUCUAGGUGCUGCAAGUUCUGAUGCUCGUGCUGUUGAUGAAAAUCCACGUGCCUUUCAGGCCGAAACCUACAAUCAGCCAAUAUGCAAAGAUGCUCUUACCAAGAAGGCUAGCAUGUUGGUUGAAUUCCUGCUCGAGAAGUUUCAGAAGAGUGAGGAGUUUACAGAUGAAGAUAUGCUGAAGGUCGUCAACAAGAAAUAUAAAACACAGUUUUCUGACAUCCUCAGGAAAUCUUCCUCCCGCAUGGAAAUGAUCUUUGGAAUGCGUUUGAAGAAAAUCAAUCCCAAUAGUCAGUCCUAUGCCAUAGUCAGCAAGCUAGGUCUCUCCACUGAUGAAAUUCUAAGUGGCAGGAGGGGGUUGGCAAAGAUGGGUCUCCUGAUGACCAUCUUGGGUCUGAUAUUCACAAAAGGCAAUCGUGCCACUGAGGAAGAUGUCUGGAAAUUCCUGGGUGUGUUAGGAGUAUAUGCAGGGAAGAAGCACUUGAUCUUUGGGGAACCCCGAAAGCUCAUCACCAAAGAUCUGGUUGAGCAAAAUUACCUUGAAAUCCACAAGAUGUCUGAGGGCAAAUCCACAAAAUAUGAGUUCCUGUGGGGUGACCGGUCCCAUGUAGAAACCAGCAAAAUGAAAGUCCUAGAGGUUUGGGCUAGGAUCAAUGACACCGUUCCUAGCUUCUUCCCUACUCCAUAUGAAGAAGCUCUUAAAGAUCAAAUGGAGAGAGCACAACAGGGAUCUCCAGCCAUGGGUUGUCCAGCUGCCAUGGCCAGGGUUCAUCCCAUGUGCAUGUGCUGCAGCUCCUCUCACAAAUAG